CCUAUUAAUAAUAUAAUCAUUCCCAUUUAUAUACACUAAUAUAACAAUAUAGCAAUAUUUACCUAAAAUAUUUAACUACUACAUUUAAAGAACGUAACACGCCACGUGGGAAGUACUUCCGUUAACCUUUCGACGCAAAAGAAUCUUUGAACGGGUUUUGAAUCGCUUCACAAGAUACCCGCCUUUCACACAGAUACAGUAAAUAUGGCUGAACACGGUAGUGAACCUCGAGUUGAUAUUGUAGAAAACCAUGUGUCUACAUCAAGCGAAGCUGAUCUCAAAAGUGUUCUAGUUACAAGUGUUUUGAAUUUAGAAAAGCUCGACACCGACCUGUACAGAGGGACACAUCAUUGGGUUCCUCGCACCAAACGUCUUUUCGGGGGCCAGAUUGUUGGACAGGCUCUUGUAGCUGCGGCCAAUUCUGUUAGUGAACAUUUCUACGCCCAUUCAUUGCACUGCUACUUCGUGAGAGCAGGGGACCCAAAAGUACCUGUGCUGUACCAGGUGGAAAAGACUCGGGAUGGCCGCAGUUUCUGUGUGCGAUCUGUCAAAGCUAUUCAGCACGGUCAGCCCAUACUGAUCUGUCAGGCAUCAUUUCACAUGCAGCAGCCGAGUCCACUGGAGCAUCAGUUCACCAUGCCCUCCGUCCCCCCACCGGAUGCACUGCUCACUGUAGAGGAACUCAUUCAGCACUACCUAAGCGAUCCAAACCUGGCAGACAAUACACGGCAGGGUCUGAAUAAAAUACUUGCUGAUGAAGUUCCUAUUGAGAUCAAGCCAGUCAACCCAUCUGAUUUUUAUAGGCGUCUUGCCAUGGAACCAAAGAAAUUAUUCUGGGUGCGAGCGAGAGGGCAUAUAGGACCUGGCAAUAUGAAACUGCACUGUUGUGUGGCAGCAUAUAUAUCGGACUACUCUUUCCUGGGUACGGCACUGUUACCUUACCCAAAUCACAGGGCCCAGUUUUUAGCCUCUCUGGAUCAUACCAUGUGGUUUCACAGCACAUUCAGGGCAGAUGAGUGGAUGCUCUAUGAAUGCGAAAGCCCAUGGUCAGGAAGCAGCAGAGGCUUCGUCCAGGGCCGCUUGUGGAGACAGGAUGGCGUUCUUGCAGCUUCCUGUGCACAAGAGGGAGUGAUACGAGUGAAGACAGUUUCUCAGAGUAAAUUAUAGAGGGUUAAUUUUAUACUAUUAAAUAGUAUCAGAUUCUAGAGAAUGCCUUACAAUAGUUGCAAGACACUUUUUUGUUUGUCAUAUUACACCACAUUAUCAAUGUCAAGUUGGUCUGCAGUGCUAUAGAAUAUGGCAGUAUAUGAAAUAACAACACUUAUAUUAUUUACUUUUUGUCCCUGGCACUAAACUGAUUUUGAUUAAUCCUGUUAAAAAUGUAUAUGAUAAUCCUCUGAGUGUGUAAUUAACAAUAGGAUUUAGCAUCUUUAUUUUUGCCUUUCUGUGUUUAAUUAUAACCAAAACAUUAAGUCUUUAACGACAAACUCCACUGUCAUGCACCGAGUUGUAAAUGUGGACCAUUUGUAGUCUAAACAGGCACUUUAAUUUUUUAUAUUAUUAUUUAUAAUUAUUAUCAAUAAACAUAAUUUGAGGUUGUAUUGUA